AUGAAGUCUUUCCUUCUUCUCAGCCUCAUAGGACUCGCUAUUAGCGUGCAAGCCCACCCUCGGAGUCAGGAACCCAAUGAGUCGUCUCCCUCUAAGCGUGGUAUCGACCUUGAAAAGUUCCGCCUUCCUCAGGUCUCCGAGUAUACGUCCUCGUCGAGUGUUAAGACUGAUAGCUCAGUUGCCUCCAUCAAUAAGCGCGGCGACUAUCUUGAAACCGCCAAGGAGCUGGUGAAGACUAUUGCUUCCGGUGCUGAAUACCGCCUGGUCAAUGACCACUACGUCAGCUCUGACGGCAUUGCCUUCGUACACUUCAAGCAGACCCUAUACGGCAUUGACAUUGAUAAUGCCGACUUUAACGUUAACGUUAAGGACGGCAAGAUUCUCUCAUAUGGCAAUAGCUUUUUCAAGGGCGACGCGCCUAAAGAGAAUCUUAAUAAGGAUGACUUCUCUGACCCCGUGGCUGCCCUCAAGGGCGCCAUCAAUACACUCGAUUUAGGAAUACCGAUCCAAAACGGAAAGGCCGAGGCUAAAGAUGACAAGAAGCACGAGUUUACUAUUAAGGGCAUUAAGGGCGCCUUUAGUGACCCUAACGCCAAGCUCGUCUACUUUCAGCAACAGAAUAAAAAGCUAUUUUUAGCCUGGAGAGUCGAGAUCGUUAUCAAGGAUUACUGGCUCCUAACCUACGUUGAUGCGUUUAACACCAAGACUGUAUACGGUGUUGUUAACUACGUGGACGAUUUAGCCACAUACAAGGUCUACCCUUGGAACGUAAACAAUCCAGCCGAGGGCCAGCGAAGCUCUCUUAAGGACCCUUGGAACCUAGCAGCAUCGCCUUUUACGUGGAAUGGUGCGGGCAAAGAAUUUUUUACGACGACUAUGGGCAAUAACGCCGUUGCGCACGCGAACCCUUCUGGUGGUAAUGAUAUCACGAAUCUCUACAGACCUACUAGCCCUAGUAGAAUGUUUGUAUACGAAUACUCGCCUUUGGAAUCCAAUAACGAAGCCUACCGAGAUGCGUCUAUCACACAGCUCUUCUAUACUGUCAACAAGUACCACGAUCUACUAUAUAUCCUUGGCUUCGACGAGAAGGCCGGUAACUUCCAGCUUAAUAACAACGGCAAGGGUGGCCUCGACAAAGACUUCGUUAUGCUCGAUGCUCAAGACGGGUCGAGCACUAAGAAUGCCUAUUUUAUCGCGCCCCCUGACGGCGAGAUGGCCCGCAUGGGGAUACAAAUGUGGACUAAUUCCAUGCCGGCGCGCGACGGCUCGUUUGAUACUGAUAUCGUGCUCCACGAGUACACUCAUGGCCUGUCUAGCCGGUUGACUGGCGGCCCUAGUAACGCUGGCUGCCUUGACGGUCUCGAGUCUAGCGGCCUGAACGAAGGCUGGUCCGACUUUAUGGCUAUAGCGGUCCGAAUUAAGGCUACUGAUAAUCGCCAUAAGGACUAUACUAUUGCCUCGUGGGCCGCUAAUAAGCCUCGAGGCAUCCGCGGCUACCCCUACUCUACUAGCAAUGUUACCAACCCAUUUUUAUACUCCGACAUUAACAAACGGAAAGAGAGUCACUAUAUAGGAACCAUCUGGGCAACUAUCUUAUAUGAGGUUAUCUGGAACCUUAUUGAGAAGCAUGGCAUUACCGAUAAGGACUUCCCUGAGUUCGACUCUGCCGGCGUUCCUAAGGAUGGCCGCUACCUUGCUAUGAAGCUCAUUAUGACCGGCAUGGCCAUCCAGCCUUGCAACCCAGGCAUGGUCGCCGGGCGCGACGCCAUUAUUGAUGCAGAUAAGGCUCUUACUCAAGGGGCCAACCAGUGCGCGCUAUGGCAGGCAUUUGCGAAGCGUGGUCUCGGCGACGGCGCAAAGUUUGCCGGGGGGUUAUUUCGCACGCCUCGGCCUGUCGAUAGUUUCAAUGUUCCUAAGGGCGUUUGCUAA